AUGGACUGCAGCUCGAGUGGUGGUAAUUCAAUCCUAGACGACACUGCCAGUAGCGAUAGCUAUCUUGCUCAUCACAGCUACCCCGAUGACAGUGACGACUGCUGUAUUGGCAAGAGUUCCAGUCUAGAGGAUACCUUGAGCUUGACCUGUGAUGAGUCUCUCGGUUCCAACUUGUCUUCCACCUUUGUGGCUGAUGACGACGAGGAUUCUUCAGACUGCGAGGACUAUCCAUCUCCCCACUUGUUAAGGAGACGGUUAAUGCCAAUACCUCCAUCACCCAUUGCAGGCUCUGGUUAUGAUACCCCCAUACGCAACAAAAGCAUCCCAGAAGCUCGUUUUGUAUCGAGGAAGCGUCAUUCUACACGGAUACUUUGGUUGAUGAUAGUGCUGAUUGUGUAUGUCAUACUGACAACGAUCGACCAUGGAGGAAUGCUAGAUGCUGCAAGGGAUAUUGGUAUCAGCGAUGAAGCAAGACAAUGGAGACGCUUCUUUCGAAGACGAGCACCCAAAUUACUUCACAAGAUACCCAACCGAGCCUCAGGGCGAUCCUACACCAUUCGAAUCAAGGGUCAUAGAUUAGAUCUCGUUACCCAAUCUUUGGACUAUCACGCGCAAUGCCCAUCUGUUAAGGAGGUUCAAGUACUGUGGACGGACCCUACCACCAAUCAACUUCCAAAGUCUAUCAGCAAUCAUCAGAGCGGAAAGGUUCAGCCGCUGGGAAAGCCUUCAACCAUGGCAGUAUUCUUGCUGGAUGAAGAUAUUAGAAUUACUUGCGAAGAAAUUGAGAGAGCGUUCUCUGAGUGGCGAGAAGACCCUUCAAGACUAGUUGGGUUCUACCCAUUUCAACAUACAUCAGAGGCCGAUGAUGGCGCCUCGCUGUUAUCGCCUUACCCUGACUUUGGACUUCGCUCCGUGUCAAGAGCAACUGGGCCCUACUCCUUGGUAUCCGAUAGGGCUGUUUUUGUUCAUAAUUCCAUCCUCCGUAGCCUACCUUCACUACCAACCGCAUGCCAAGAUCUGAGUCUGUCCAUCAUUGCAUCGUCCAUGACAAAGAAACCUCCCGUUGCAGUCUUAUCCAAUCCACAUGCCAUUCGACACUCCAAACGCAGCCCAGUGAUAUCCAAUGAUCAGAGUAGACGUUGCCACGAGUGGCUUUCAUCCAUUGGUGGCUUGACUCUACCAAGUCAAAAGGCUACAAUCAUUGGACAUGAAAAGAGACGGCUGCAGGAAAAUGAGCAAUAG